AUGCUUGCGACAUCGAGCUUCUCUGAAUGCCACAGUUUACGAUCGAGCUCCUCAACAUCACUCGAGACCAUGGUAACCGAGAAACCAACGAUACUCCUCAUCCCAGGCGCCUGGCACCGAGGUAGCACCUUCGAGCCUGUCGCAAAGAUACUCCGAGAGCAGGGAUACGAGGCUGAGGCCAUCACUCUGCCUUCCGUCGGCGGACCGUCAUCGACCACUGCCUAUGAUGACGCUCGACACGUCCAGGAAACGUACCUUACCAGCCUGGUGGCGGAGGGCAAGGAAGUCAUCAUUGUCAUGCAUUCAUACGCGGGCAUCCCGGGCACGGAGUGCGUGAAAGGCUUCGCUCGCAAGGACCUUGCUGCGCAGGGCAAGCAUGGUGGGGUCGUCGGGCUUGUUUACAUUGCGGCAUUCCUGGUUCCGGCUGGAGCAAGCGUCGCGACAUUUUUGCCGGAUGGAUUGGAUUCUUUCAUGGCAUUGAAGGUUAGUCGAGCUCUUGCGACAAGGAUGGGGAUGCUGACCAUAUAG